AUGAGUGUCAAGUCCGUGAACGUCGGCCGCUUAAACGCCGUGAACAGCAUAGCAAGCACGAAUAAUUCGGAACCAGAGGCCAACCAACAUGGCCACUUCACUCUUUGGCAGUCAAUCAAGAAGUGGCGUCGCGUCGUUCUCUACUGUAUCGGCAUGACUUCCGCCAUCUUGAUGUACGGCUACGACUAUGUCAUUGUCGGCACAGUCUCGGCAAUGCCCAGCUUCCAGCAUGACUUUGGUCAACAGCUUAAUGGCAUGUGGAUUCUGCCUUCACUUUGGCUCGGCCUCUGGAACUUCGUCAGCCCAGGCUGCUCCAUGAUUGGCUCUUUGAUUGGAGGUGUCUUCCAAGACAGAUAUGGUCGUCGAGCGUCGCUUGCGUUGGGAUCCUUUCUGUCGGCCAUUGGUGUUGCUGUUUGCUUCAUAUCCAACCUCUCUCCUGAUAUCCAUACCCGGCGCAUCAUAUUCCUCGCUGGUAAAGGCUUCCAAGGCGGGGCCAUCGGCAUGGUCAUGACGACUUCCCAGACGUACAUGUCGGAGAUUCUACCGCCGAAUCUAAGAGGACCGCUCCUGGCCUUUUUCCCAAUCUUCACCCUUCUUGGCCAGUUGACUGGUGCCGCUGUCAUCUUCGCGUGCCUCAACCUGGCCAAUGGAUACACCAUUUGCUUUGGAUCUCAAUGGCCGUUUUCUGCCCUUCCGUUGUUGAUGGCAUUCCUGAUCCCCGAGAGUCCGACAUAUCUCAUCCGGAGGAACAAGAAUUCCCAGGCUCACAAGGCUCAGGCGAAGCUAGAUCCGGCGGGUGCCGACCCUGAGGACACUCUCGACACCAUCCGCCGCAACAUCGAGCAUGAAAGGCGACUGACCAAUGCGACCUACGUUGAUUCGUUCCGCGGUGUCAACCUCAGGCGCACCUUGAUCAUCAUGUUCUCCAACUCAUUGCCAAACAUCUUUGGUCUGACGUUGCUGUCAAAGUCGAGUUACUUUGUGCAAGUCGUUGGUUUGAAGGCCAACUUGAGCGUCAUCGUUCUUAUACUCGGCCUCGUUUGCGGUUUGAUUGCCAACAUCAUGAGCGUGUGGGUCCUCUCGAGGGUAGGACGCAGGCGACUCAUCUUAAGCACGCUAUCCGUCUUGUCCAUAAUAUGGACCGCCAUGGGAAUUGCGGGUUGCUGGUCAGGUCCAGUGAUACCAUGGUACACAUCAAUGACUCUGAUAGCGGUAGUUAUCGUGGCGGGUCUGGGAGUUUGGCCGGCCUCACACGUUGUCGGUGCCGAAACCUCAGCGCUGCAUUUGCGGUCCAAAGCCCAAGCUAUCGGUUGGUUUACCGCGGGAGCAAACAACUCCAUCUUUGGAUUUGUGCUGCCAUACAUUUUCAAUCCCGACAAAGGCAACCUUAAAGCCAAGACCGGUUUCGUGUUUGCUGGUCUUUGUGCCCUCGGGCUUGUCAUUGCUUUCUUCGUGGUACCUGAGAUGAAGGGACGAACGCCGGCUGAAAUCGAUCGCAUGUUUGAGAUGAGGCUGCCGGCACAACAAUUCCGCCACUGGACCAACUCAGCCUCGGAAGGGGAAAAGAAUGGUUCGGCUAGAGUUGAGAAUUCUGCUGCGUAG